AUGGCUGCGGCAAUAGACUGGGACAAGCCAGGAAAAUACCCCAUCGUUCUCAGCGAUGCCCUACUUGGAAAAGCUUCCAAUAAUAUAUAUACCGCUAUACGAUACAACCACAAGCCUGACCCAACUGCUGGUGCCUCUGCGAACUCAGCACAAUUAAAGCCCUCUUCCAAUCCCAGUUCUUCAGAUUACGACCUUUCCUUCUCCGAUAAUAAUGAUGAUUAUACAUAUGCCGGAGCCCGAUCCUCCGGAGAGGGACAAUUCAUACUUACGUUUGAUCCUGUCAGGAAGGUCUUGGUUUUGGAUCGCAUUGAUUCCACAUUUGAUAUGAAUUUGACAAGCGCACCAUGGACGGAUGACGCCGCUCAACUGCAAUCACAAUACGAACAAUUAGAACCACCCACUAAGGCGGUCACAGAGGAGCCUCAACUUAAAGCACCGCAAAAGAAAGCCUCAAAACCAAAAGCUACGACGACAGCAAAAGCAAAACCUGCCCCCCGCGCGAAGGCCGAGAAGGCUAAGAAGAAACCACCACCACGCGAACCAAGCCCUGAACCAGAAGAAGAAUCGGACGACGGUUUCACAGUUGAAUAUCCAGAUGGACAGAGCUCACAACAGCAAUACGAGUAUAGAGCUCCAAUUUUUCAAAGGGAGCCGAGCGAGGAGAUCAGUGAUGAAGACGAGGAUACGGACCAUGAUGGAAUCUAUGAAACGAACCAGGAUGUGGAUCAUUUGAAACUGCCGAGCCCAGUCAACAAUCCUGGAGCGAUUAGCGAUGAAGAUGCAAUGGAUCUGGAGGCAGAUUUGGAGGCGGAUCUUCAAGCGGAAAUGGAGAAAGAGUUGAUGGAUCACCAAGAUGAGAGUGAUGAAAGUGAGGAAGAAUAA